AUGGGCAAGGUCAAGAAGAGGGUCUACCCCCGCGACAUCACCAUCAACAUAGGCAAGGACGCGCCCGUGCCGCAGCACCCCUACCAGGGCCAGAGCUGGAAGGAGGUGCGCCACGACAACGGCGUCACGUGGCUGGCCUACUGGCGCGACACGGUCAACCCCAAGGAGUUCAAGUACGUGUGGCUGAGCGCCAACAGCACCUUCAAGAGCAGCAGCGACCUCCUUAAGUAUGAGAAGGCGCGCAAGCUGAAGGACUACAUUGACGACAUCCGGCGGCAGUACACCAAGGACUGGAGCAGCAGCGACAUGAGGAAGAAGCAGGAGUGA